CCGCAGUUUUACUUUACGGGAACUUCCUUCUUCUUCUUCCACUCUCCUCCGUCGCCGCCCACCUCCCAUGGCCGCCUCCGCCUCCCACAUGCCCAACCCCAUCCUGCUGGGCUGCGGCGCCGUCUCCGUGGACUACCUCGCCACCGUCGCCUCCUUCCCCAGCCCCGACGACAAGGUCCGCAGCCUCGCGCUCAAGGUCCAGGGAGGCGGAAACGCCGGCAACGCGCUCACCGCUGCUGCUCGCCUGGGCCUCGCUCCAAGGAUUAUAUCCAAGGUGUCCAAUGAUGCACUUGGUAGAAGCAUUCUCAAGGAGCUGCAGGACGACGGGGUUGACACUUCCUAUCUCAUGGUUGCAGAGGACGGGAAUUCGCCCUUCACCUAUAUAAUCGUCGACAACCAGACGAAGACUCGCACUUGUAUACACACCCCUGGUUAUCCCCCAAUGAGGCCAGAGGAGCUCACAAAGGAAAACCUGUUUGCUGCUCUACAUGGUGCAGACAUGGUGUAUUUCGAUGUUAGGCUGCAUGAGACUGCUUUGCUUGUUGCAGAAGAGGCAAGCCAAAGGAAAAUUCCUAUCUUGGUCGAUGUUGAGAAAAAGAGAGAUGGAUUGGAUGAGCUUCUUAAUUUUGCAACAUAUGUUGUAUGUUCUGCAAAAUUUCCUCAGGCUUGGACAGGAGCCUCAUCAACACCAGUUGCUUUGGUGCACAUGCUUCUGAGGUUACCUAAUAUCAAGUUUGUUAUUGUAACCCGAGGAGAAAAAGGUUGCUUAAUGCUUGAAAGAAGCAUGACUGACGCUUCUGAGACCGAGGAAAUUGAUGUGGAAGGUCUGCUGGAAUCAUUGGAACAGAAAGUUGAUUCGAGUUCUAGCAUGCCAAAAUGCAUUGUUUCCAAGUCAAAUUUGAGAAUAAGUGCAGACGGCGUAGGCUCGAUGAGUGGCAGGUUAGUUUUAGGCACAGCUGAACUUAUACCCUCUGAAGAGCUCGUCGAUACAACUGGUGCCGGGGAUGCAUUCAUUGGAGCCGUUCUAUACGGUUUAUGCACCGGGAUGCCAGUCGAGAAGAUGCUGCCAUUUGCAGCACAAGUGGCUGCUUGCGGGUGCAGAGCUCUGGGGGCCAGGGCUGGUCUUCCUCGUCGCCUCUCCCUCUAGCCUCUUGUCAUCCAACAGAUCUUGUCUUUGUUGCUUGCCUUUGCCUGUGCCGUGACAAAAAACGAGACUUUGUAUUUUGUAUGUAAUGAUACCGUAUAUGCUCAGGAAUGUUGGUGUUUCUGCUCGUGAGUGCAAAGGUUGAUCAUGAAAAGGCUUUGGCUA